CGCGCCGGGGCCGGGCAGCCGGGAAGCGGGGCGCUGACGGCUGGCAGGGGAGCUGCCCCCCAGAGCAGCAUGGAUGCCCCGCGAAGGGACAUGGAGUUGCUCAGCAACAGCCUGGCUGCCUACGCGCACAUCCGCGCCAACCCCGAGAGCUUCGGCCUCUACUUCGUGCUGGGCGUCUGCUUCGGCCUGCUGCUCACCCUCUGCCUGCUCGUCAUCAGUAUCUCGUGGGCGCCCCGCCCGCGGCCCCGGGGCCCGGCUCAGCGCCAGGACCCCCGCAGCAGCACCCUGGAGCCCGAGGACGACGACGAGGACGAGGAGGACACGGUGACUCGGCUGGGCCCCGACGACACGCUGCCGGGCCCCGAGCUGUCCGCAGAGCCGGACGGGCCCCUCAGCGUCAACGUCUUCACGUCGGCGGAGGAGCUGGAGAGGGCGCAGCGGCUGGAGGAGCGCGAACGGAUCCUGCGGGAGAUCUGGCGCACCGGGCAGCCGGACCUGCUGGGCACAGGCACGCUGGGGCCCAGCCCCACGGCCACGGGCGCGGGCACCCUGGGCCGCAUGCACUAUUACUGAUGGGCCGCGGCUCCCGCUGCAAGGAGCUUGGGGUACCGGACCUGCACAUGAGCUCAGAGCUGCCCCAGACCUUCGGACUGCCUCGGCCCCCACAGCUCCCAGGUGCUACUGGGCGUGGACGGCCACCCCGAGAGGCUCCCUUCCCCAGUCCUGCCAGAAGACCCCGGGGGCGGGGAGGGGGCAGGAUGGAGGGUCCCCACUCCCUCUCUGGGGUCGAUGAAGAGGUGAAGUGACCAAAUGAAAGAAAGCUGCAUUCUCAGUGA